UCCCGCCGCCUGCUGAGGCCAUGGCGGUCGUCGGGCUCAAGGCUGCGGGCGGCGGCGGCGGCAUGUGGAAAGGCGGCGCGGUCGCCGGCCUCCAGCUGGUGGCCGCUAUUUCCAGUCACGGCGGCUGCUGCUCCAAAGGCAGCGACGGCGGAGAAGGGCGCGUGGGCUGCGGCCAGCAAAGGGCCCAUCAGCACCAGUCCGCGGGGCACUCGCAGCCGCCGCUCUCCUCUCUCGGCGGCAGAGGCAAGAGAGCCGGGCCCCUUAGCCACGCGGCGGCCGCGGCAGCUCCCGCGGGCAGCCAGCUGCCCAGCCCCAUCGAGGGGGUAGACACGAAGACCUACCUCUGGGCCAGAUACCACGAGAUGAAGAAGCUGGUUUACGAUCUCCUUCCACCAGGGGUCUGCAAUCUUCUGAACCCAGCAGCCAUCUACGCAAAUAAUGAGAUUAGCUUGGGAGAUGUAGAGAUCUAUGGCUUUGAUUAUGAUUAUACAUUAGCACAGUACUCAAGCUUAUUGCAUUCUUUGAUAUUCAACACUGCCAGAGACAUACUAAUUGAACAGUAUAAGUACCCAGAGGGACUCAGGAAAUACGAAUACAUUCCUGGAUUUGCCAUAAGAGGCCUUCACUACGAUGUGCACAAGAGCCUUCUGAUGAAAAUUGAUGCUUUCCACUAUGUGCAGUUGGGUACUGCAUACCAAGGCCUGAAACCAGUGCCUGAUGAAGAGGUUAUAGAGAUGUAUGGUGGAACCCAGCAUAUCCCAUUGUACCAGAUGAGUGAUUUUUAUGGCAAGGGCCCAUCCAUUAAACAGUUUAUGGACAUCUUCUCCCUUCCUGAAAUGACUCUGCUUUCAUCAGUUACCGACUAUUUCAUGACAUGCAAUAUUGAAUAUGACCAAGUUCAUCUUUACAAGGAUAUAAGUGAUGCCAUUAAAGAUGUCCAUGUGAAAGGAAUGAUGUACAAAUGGAUUGAAAAAGACAUGGAAAAAUAUAUCCUUCAUGGUGAUGAAACUUAUGCUGUCCUAAAUCGUCUGGUUAGCCACAACAAAAAGCUGUUCCUCAUCACAAACAGUCCCUUCAGCUUUGUUGAUAAAGGAAUGAAGUACAUGGUUGGCAAGAACUGGCGGGAUCUUUUUGAUAUGGUCAUUGUGCAAGCAGAUAAACCUAAUUUCUUCACUGAUCGGCGCAAACCUUUCCGAAAAAUGGAUGAAGAAGGUUCACUUCAUUGGGACAAAAUAAAUAAAUUGGAAAAGGGGAAGAUUUACAAACAGGGCAAUCUUUUUGAUUUUCUACGGCUUACAGGUUGGCGUGGGUCCAAAGUCCUUUACUUUGGUGACCAUUUGUACAGUGACCUUGCAGAUCUCAUGCUUCGUCAUGGUUGGAGGACAGGAGCCAUCGUUCCAGAAUUAGAAACAGAAGUCCGCAUUAUUAAUACAGAACAAUACAUGCAUUCUUUGACUUGGCAGCAGGCUCUUACAGGACUUUUGGAAAGGAUGCAGAUGUAUCAGGAUGCAGAAUCUAAGCAGGUGCUCCUAGAAUGGAUGAAAGAGCGACAAGAAAUUAGGGCCUUUACAAAGAACCUGUUUAACCCUCAGUUUGGAAGCAUCUUCCGAACCUUCCACAAUCCAACCUACUUUUCUCGAAGACUGAUUCGCUUCUCUGAUAUCUAUAUGGCAUCCAUCAGUUGCCUACUGAACUAUGAUGUGCAUUUCACCUUUUACCCUCGUCGAACUCCUCUACAACAUGAAGCUCCCCUCUGGAUGGAUCAGCUCUGUACUGGUUGCAUGAAGACUCCAUUCUUAGAGGAAAUGGUGCAUAUCCGGUGAAAGGUAUCUGGAUGCAUAUGCUGAAGACUAGCUGUGACCUGAUGGUUGUGUAUGAAUGGCUGAGCUGUCAAGCAACGGAUUACAACUUUGUUACUAUGUGGCUAAUGCCAUACUCUGCUUCCCAGCACAUCCUAAUGGAAGUUAUCUGAGAUGAAUGAAUGGAUGAAAAAGUCACAAAAAUUAGGUCUUUGAAAUGUUUCACUGGUAAGGAAUAAUCAAGGCUCAAUUCAAAUGUCCUUUCUCAUUAUUUAGUGAGCCUUAUGUUUUGUCCUGCUAAAGUAUGUCAGAUGUUCAAAUGUAGAGUUCAGGCUAGUGGGAAACUUAGUAUAAGUGAAAUUAUAUUUUCAGAAUUCAUAUAUGCUACACAGUCCUUUUUGGCCGUAUUGGUACAGGGACUGUAGCUUUUAGAUGUAUCUUAGCUGUGAUAAUAGCUGCCCCCACUUGCCUUCCAAAUCAGUUUGAGGGGAGUGCGGACAAGCAGAAAAUGGGGAAGUCCAGGUCUGAAAAUGGUAUCCCUCUGGAUCUAACCUACUAUUGUUUGCUGUUUAGUAGGAAUGCCUCCAGAGCUAUACCUGGCCACUGGGAUCAGCUUUGCUAUGAUAACUAGAAUUUUUGGAAAAGUAAUAGCACCUGUUUUGCAAUCAACCCACAAUGGGCUUGAAAAACACUUAGAUUAUAAAGCUGAAGAUGCUGACUUCUGUACUUUUGAAGAAGUCGUGUGGUGCAAUAAAGAGAAAAUAGCAAUAUGUUUGAAUUAGAAGAUCAGUUUUACAUACAAUCUUAUUUUCAGCUAACUUGGUUCUUGUAUGGUAUAUGCUGAGUUUCUCACUCUAUGGAUACCUCUCAGAUCUUAGUGACUUUUCUAACUAAACAAAAUGCAUUUUUAUUGCAAGGUGGGCUGAUUCUCAUUCUGAUUGCAGAAUGUUUGGACUGACUUCAUUGAAAAAUACCAUUUGAUGUGUUGUUAGCCUUGUACUGGCUUAUUUGCAAAUGCAAGCCAUCACUUGACACAAAAUUUAUCAUGUGAUGUGCACGUUUAUGCAUUGCUAUGGUCAAUUUACAGUAAUAAAAAGUACUUUUAGAAAUAUAUGGAAUGGGAGAUAUGUCACUUCAGUUGAAAUUUCUUAAGAUGCAUUGCCAUAUUCAUCUUAUUUUUAGUAUGUAAGAAAAAAUAAAUGUUACUUUUUAACCUGGUAUGUUAAUGCAGGACACAGUCCAUCUCUCGAUCUUGUUUGUAGGAAAGAAAGAGAUUAGCCGAGUGUGCAGUGGAACCCUUGACCAGGCUACAGCUGUGCUCUGGUUGAGUUUCCUUUUAUUAGUUGCAGGCUUGGACUUGAAACUAAUAAAAACAAUAGUAGACCAUGCAAAGGCUUCAGCUAGUACGCAAACAGCAGCCUCCAAGUAAUGGUGACUCAUCAAGACUGCAUUAACCAGUGUUUUAACUGGUUUCUUACGACUUCUAAGUCCAUGUCAAGAUGAACAUUCUUAUUAUAAAAGUGUUGCAUCUUAGGCCUAACCAAACUUCGGUAAUUCUUUCUAUAAUGUCCUAAGGGUACUUGCUAGAUACUAUAUUUAUACUUGGUUCAAACAAAAAGAACGCCUAGAAUUGUUGACUUGUGUUCAGUCAAUAUAGAAUUCCCUUCCCUUGAAGAGUUACCAAACUCUAGCUGGGCUGCCUUUAGGAAGAUUUAAAAACCUCUCCCAGCAUAUACACUUGUUAAAGUUUUCACACCAAUGGCAUUCUGUAAGGGUUUCAAAUGCAUUUUUAUUGAAGGGAUGACUAGAAAGUAAAUGAUGACUAAACAGAACUGCUUCAACAAAUUAAAAAUCUUAUCAAGAAGCUUUUUCUCAUGAAUUGCAAUAUUGUUCAAAGUUGAACAAUGGCUCUAGCUGGGCAGGGUAAAUAAGUUGAAGCAAGUUUGAACUUGUUAAUAUCGUGCCCAAAAAUAAUUAAAAAAAAAAAGCCUUACUGCCAGAUCAUAGAAUUUGCUGUGACUGUAGUUUAAGAUUAUUGAUAGGGUCACUGUAUAAUCAGUGGCAUAUUUCAAACUAAGAAACCAUCUCUUGUGUACUGUAUUGUUUGUUGUUGCUGUUGUGGUAGAAUAAGAGAAUUAGUCUAGAGUUCCACUUAUUAGUCAGAAACACUGAACUUUAAUUGAAUGUUUGUUCUGGCAGGUAAAAUUAAGCCCAACUGACACAGCACCUCGUUUCUGAAGUAGCUCACCACCUGAGAUUUAGGCAUCUUUUCCGCAAUCCUAAGGGUGUACAUACAUGAUGACUUAAAGUUUGCUGCUGUUUCUGUUAUGAAUAGUAUCCCCCUUGCAGGGCACUUGCAGUCCAUACAGGGCUAAGGCUGUUGUCAGCAACGUCUGAUCUGCUUGCUCAUCACUCACUUGUCCUUCCCCUUCUCAUUGGACGCUUCUGAGGUCCUCGUCAAGCAGGAAGACUUGGGCCUUGGGCGAUCACUUUGCAGAAAAGCACGGUUCACGCAAGCACGGGUGCCUAUUUCACCAGAGCUACACAUGCACUGGAAGGCUGGAGCCAAGUUUAAAAGAGACAGCAAGUGCUGGUCAGGCACAGUGGCCGGGUUCAAGCACCGCACAAGCAGACCGGUGUGGUGGCCAAGGUCUGCGGUGCUUUUCUUCAAUACGACAGGAGGAGGAAUGGGGCUCUCGUUGCCAGCCACGAUUGCAGGCCGAGUUCAGCUGCCUCUGCUGUCAAGCACAACAGGGGAGUGAGGCACCAGCAAUGUGAGGAAUCCAUUUGGUGGGGUGGGGGGGAAUCCACCAGAUUCACCCUCAGCUCCCUGUACUCUUGCUUUCUCUUUGUCCAAUGUGCCCCACACCGAGCAUUUGGCAUCCAGAAGAAAGCAAGUCCAAAAGCUCAGCUUGUGCGCACCGCCCAUGCUCCUGCCACGCAAGUGGAGGUCCGCCUCCACACACGUGACUUGAGGGCUUUGCGUAUCUCGCACAAAGAAGUGGUGCACUGAUGCACCUAAGCAUUCGCAGACUUGAUUUCAGCUCCGCUUGCUUUCUGGGCAGGCUGAGCCCUGGAAGGAAGUCCGCCAAGGCCGGAAGAGCUGGAUCCUGGCCAGCUCUUCACACCCUUACCCAGCAUGCUCACCUCCUGCUUCAAAGGGUACCACUGCAGCAGGAAUGCAGGGGGACCUGAGCCACCCUUAGGCAAAAUGGGUGGAAAUCAGCUGGGCAGCACUGCAGAAAGGAGCAGCACUCCUCAACUGAUUCUCCUGCUAUCACCCUAAGACAGCAGUAAGAGAGGCAAGAAUCAGCUGGGGGUGGAGGUGGCUUUCUUGCUCCCGCUUGUGAGAAAGGUGUCUCCAACCUAAAAGUCACAAUGUAGGCACCAGGUUGGGGAUUCUUCUGGCAGGUGGGGGCAAGAAAGGUAGAUAAGUUUGAAGAAUUUAUAGAGUGGCACUACUGCUUUCUACAGUGUCACCCAGCUGAUUGCCUGCUUCUGCCCAAAAGAUGAUCUUUAGGGCAGGAGGCAAGCAAAGCAAAGCAGGGAUGACAGCCAGCCACGCAAAGUUACGGCACUCUGCUUGGCUACUCUUGACAAGCAGCUCUCUGGGACCAGACUUUAUACCAUGAUAGCUUGGGUAUUCCAGGUUUGGAUGACCUGAAAAGCCAUGGUGGUGCGGAGAAAACAUGGAACAGACCAUUGUUCCUAAAGACCAGACCUACCAUGCUAAAACACCAAAAAGGGGUUCAGAUGACAGCAGACGAUCGAUGGUUAAAAACCCCACAGCAUGUCAUGAACCUAACCAAUGAGUUUUGGAAGUAGCUUUCCUGCAGAGAAGUGAUAUCAUUCUUGUAAGAAAAUUGCCCUAUGACAUUGCUUGGUAACCAUCUCUAAAGAUGCUCCGCUCCCUAGAACCAGUUUCUUAUGCUGGCCCAUUUACAGGAGGUGCAUCACUAUCAUUUUUAAAUCCAGUUAUGUAUCCAGAACUUUCCCUCCAUGGACAGAGGGUGCACACACCUACAAAGGUGUGGAGCCAAAACCAUGAAUGGAGUACCUGUGGUGAUUGUGGGCCGUACAGCCGUCGCCUAACAGCCGCUAUGAGGUUAGCGAAUGGCGUUGUGCAAGGCACUCGCACAACACGAUUACUUCUCAGCACCUGCCCAGGCCCUUUGCAACAACGCAUUCCUAAACCUGCAUCUGCCAUGGUACCUUGGUAGCAGGAUCUGCUUAAUUCUUCCUGUGCUAGCGACUUUUUAUCUAAAAGCUGCUGGAGGCAGUUUUUUCCAUUCCAAGUUUAGAUUCGUCCCAGAGCCUGGUUAGGAUCAAAUAGGUUGUUACCCAUGGAUGGCGUGCUUUUGCUGAGGACAAACUGUGGGCAAGAACAGUGUUGAGCGACUGCCCCACCUCACCACUAUAUUUACUUUAUAAGAAAAAUACGGAGUGAGGAAGCCUGUGGCUGGUUGUCCAUAAGUUUUAACUCUACAGUAAGAGAAUAGAGCUGACUUUUCAUUAAAACUAAAGAAUAUGUUGGUUUUUCUCUAAAACUGUCCCUUGGAUUUAUCAAUCCAGAAAUUCUAAGUGCACCUAGAAGACACAGGACUUGAUGUUGUUGAUGUAGGUGAACAGAACACCUAGAUCUCUUCAACAGGCACCAGCUGUAAAUGUGUCAGGUUUCUGUUACACAGACUACUUGCACAUUAUAUUCAUCCCAGAUGUGUAAAGCCAGUUUCAGCCUGGAUUUCAAACAUCAGAUGAAUAGUUAAAUUGGCCAAAAAAACCCAUAAAGGCAGCAGCUGGGGUUAAAACAGUCAGUUUUGCUCAGAUACUUAUAUUAAUUAAAUUGCAAUUGUGUUUUCAGCUUGAAAUUAUUGAGAUGCUCAUUAGCACCAGUCCUCCAGAUGUUU